AAUGUGUUGGUACGCUAUUCUAUGCAUCUUUUCUAUACUAUCCUCCUUCUUCAGCUUUGUCUCCUCCAUUCAUCCCAAAACACCUAAAACCUAACAAAAUUCUCCCCAAAAAACAAGUAUUAUCAGAUCAAAUUUCUUCACAACAAGGCCACAUUUUUCUUCUUAAUUGCACUUCUUGAUCCUCCUUCAACAACUUAUUAAACCCAAAAAUCAUAUUACAGUCUCCACCACCAUGCAAACUCCUUCAAUUACUUACAUAUCAUCCUCUAGUGGAAGUGUCUGUAUAGAAGCUGAUUGUCAAGAAGAUGAUGAACAUUCCCUCUUUCUUACGCUUGGACCUCCCGGCCAACACAAUAAUCUAUCGAGUACUAAACACCGCACGAAAAGCUAUCGAUCUGAGGAAAACCCUAAGUUUCAUGAGCAAAACCCUAAUAGUACUGAAAGUGGUGUAACCGUAGCUCUCCAUAUUGGUCUUCCGACUCCAACAACACCAGCCAUUGAAGCUGCUACUGCUCUCUCUAACCCUAACCCUAAUGAUCACUUUGGCUCUCUAGUUCAAGGACAGUACUGGAUUCCUUCUCCAGCUCAAAUCCUUGUCGGCCCUACCCAAUUCUCUUGCGCUGUCUGUAACAAAACAUUCAACAGAUUCAACAAUAUGCAGAUGCAUAUGUGGGGGCAUGGAUCACAAUAUCGAAAAGGGCCCGAAUCUUUAAGAGGAACAAAGCCAGCUUCUUCAAUGUUAAGAUUACCAUGUUAUUGCUGUGCUGAAGGAUGCAAGAACAACAUUGAACAUCCAAGAUCAAGGCCAUUGAAGGAUUUCAGAACUCUCCAAACUCAUUACAAGCGUAAACACGGCGCAAAGCCAUUCGGAUGCAGAAAAUGCGAUAAACCAUUCGCAGUGAGAGGAGAUUGGAGAACACAUGAGAAAAAUUGCGGUAAGCUUUGGUUUUGCAUUUGCGGUUCUGAUUUUAAGCACAAAAGGUCUCUUAAAGACCAUGUUCGUGCUUUCGGAGACGGACAUGCUCCACAUACGGUGGAAAUUUGUUCGAUUGAUGAAGAUGAAGACGAAGACGAUGAUGAUAAUGAUGAUUAUAAUGAUAAGGAUGAUGAUGAUAAUAAUGGAGUAAGUCAAGGUAAUAAGAGAAGUGGUCAUAGUCAUAGUCCAAUGUUCUAUUAAGAAGAAAAAAACAUAGUCUAAAAAUGGAAGUUAAAGUAGUGAUUGUGAUUAAGAAUUGGCAGUAACUAUUUUGGUGUUAGGUGUAUGUGGGAUGUGAGAGAUAAAGGAAGAGAGAAGAUGAAGACAAACAGAACAGAACAGUAUAGUGAAAGGCAAAAGUUCUAUAUAAUGCAUUCAAUGUUGGAAUUAAGUGCUCUACUUCAAUUAUCUAAUUUAA